UUUGAUUUGUUUCGUUUCAUUCCAGCAUGUGUUCGACAACUGAUCCAGAACUGGCCUAUUCCGUACACUGUACUGGUAAUGCUUCUAGGAAUGGCUCUUGGAGCAAUAUCUUCAAGAUAUCCCUCUGUGCGAAGAUACACAACUUUUUCGACAAAGGACCCACACUUGGUGUUAACUACAUUUCUUCCAGUUCUCUUGUUUGACUCUGCUUUUGCAAUGGAUGUCCACACAUUCUAUAAAAUGUUUCUACAGAUCAUAGUUCUAGCAAUCCCUGGCAUGGCUUUAGCAUCGUUUCUCACUGCAGUGAUGGGGAUGUAUGUUUUUAGCUACAAUUGGACAUGGAAUCUCGCUAUGCUGUUUGGCUCUCUUAUCAGUGCUACUGACCCCGUUGCUGUUGUCGCAGUACUAAACAGUCUUGGAACCUCCAGGCAACUUGGCACAAUCAUAGAAGGCGAGUCGUUGCUGAACGAUGGUUGUGCAAUUGUUUUGUUCAACAUGUUUUUUGCAUUAUCUUUCAAAGAUGUUACAACAACUAGGGUACUUCUAUUCUUCCCGCAAUUGGCUUUCGGCGGAUUCGCAUUUGGCCUAGCUGCGGGAAAAGUUACGGUGUUUUGGUUACAGAAUGUUUAUAAUGAUGCUAUGGUUGAGAUCACUAUUACUUUGGUUGCAACGUACUUGACAUACUAUGUUGGAGAGUUCGUGUUUGGUGUCUCUGGAGUUUUGGCCGUCGUAAUGUUGGGAAUGGAAAUCAAUGCGCAACGGACAAGCAUUAGCCCUGAGCAGGAGGUUUUCUUGCACAGGUUCUGGGAAAUGCUUUCGUAUUUAGCCAACACGCUCAUCUUUGCAUUUGUUGGUGUUGCAAUUACAGAGAAAGCUUUCAAAAAUUUGGAAGGAAUCGACAUUUUGUACAUUAUUAUUGAUUACAUUGGUGUCAUCAUCAUAAGGGCUUUGGUAAUUCUGUUCUUCAGUCCAAUCUUGACUCGACUGGGGUAUGGUUUAAAAUGGCACGAUGCUGUUGUUAUGAUAUGGGGCGGUCUGAGGGGAGCAGUUGGCCUUGCUUUGGCUUUGCAGGUAGCGCUUGACCAUAACGAAGUGGGCAGCAAAAUGUUGGUUCACACUGCAGGAAUUGUGCUGCUCACUCUUAUUUUCAAUGCAACGACGGUAAAGCCACUGUUAAAAACGCUUGGAAUGUCAGAGAUAUCAGACGCAAAACGAGCUGCAAUGUCUAAUGCAAUAAACCGAUUGAAUGAAAGUCGAGAGCGAUCACUCUCUGUUAUGAAAACGGACAGGUUUAUGGCUGAUGCGGAUUGGGUGAGAGUGGAAAACGCUUGUCUGAUGAAUAAUCCAUACGAAGAAGGUUUAGAUGAGGACAAUGGAGCCGAAGACAUAUUGAUUCUGCGACACAGCAAAUGUCCUCAGUGCGCUUCGAUGGUACCUAAUCAACCCACUGCUAAGGAGUUCGCAGCAAUGGCAGAAGAAGGACGUAUUGCAAUAAUAAAGGCCGAAAAAAUCAGCUUUUGGAAGCAAUAUGAACGAGGUCUACUCUCCAGUGAUGGUGUCCAAGUGCUUGUCAGCUUGGCUGAUACAUGUUUAGACGAAAAGGACAGGUUUAUUCAGUUGCGCGAUCUUGAUCAACACUGGAGUGUUCCACGCUACUGGGACAUGAUUAGAACCAAACUCAUCCAACUAAAGCAGAUGAAAGCUGCUGAUCGCGUUCCGCCCCCACGCAACAUCUUCCUCCGAUACAACUACAUGAUCGCAACACACGUGGCAUUUGAUGUUCUAAUGAAUGUUCUUAUUACCCUAAACAUGGUGGCUAUAAUCUUUGAAUUGACGGCUGACGAAAAUGCUUCAUACCUUGUGUAUCUAAAAUACAUCAAUUACGUUUAUUUUGUCGUCUUCAUGCUAGAAGCCAUCAUCAAGAUAUUCGGAUUCAGGAUGCAUUUUUUCAAAGACUACUGGAAUCUGUUGGAUUUAUUCAUCGUAUUUCUGAGCGCUGUAGACAUUGUUCUCGAUAUCGUGGCUGCAGGCUCAAUGGGUGGAUUCUCCCCAAGCGUUCUCAAAGUUGCCAAGAUUUUCCGUGUUUUGCGAAUGGGUCGUGUCUUGAAACUGAUAAAGUCCUUGAUUCCAAAACUGAUCGAUCUUGUGAAUGAUCGUAUUAACAAGCAACUCAGUUUCGGCUAUGACAUUGGCAAAGGUUUUGUGAUCGCGGAGGAGGAUGUUAUGAAAAUGAUUGACCAGUUGGUUGUCGAUGAGAAAAUAAUGAAAGAUCUGAAAAUGAGAUCAGAGAAGAAUCGCCUUGAUAUCAUCAGGAGUCUUGGGCUGCUGCAAAGAGAACAUCCGGGCAUUGCAAUAUCCGUAAAGACAAGGCAAGGGACUCGAUCUGUUUUGAAUAACGCUCUUGACACGUUGGCUCAACUCAGAUCAAAUGGAGUCAUGGAUAAAUCAGAAGCUCUCAAGCUGGAGAUGUUGAUCCAAGAGAGAAUGAAGAGGCAGCUCAAUGCCCCAUCGUAUAUUGCCCCUAAAAAGCCCGAGUCUCUUCUCCGUGGGUUGCCAUGGCUACGAGUGAUGACGGAAGAAACAGUUAGCUUCAUAAUAGAACAGGCCGAAAUGAUAUCAUAUGAAUUCGGUGACGUCAUGCUAAGACAAGGAGAGCCAACUGAUGGCGUUUAUCUCAUUGUCUCUGGAAUGGUCAAGCUUGUAGGAGUGUCAAUGGCAGCUGCUCAGACAAGAGUUCAUUCGUAUGUUGACUCCGAUUUGAACAUCAGUACUGACUACUUGUGCGCUGGCAACGUCAUUGGAGAGAUGGGUCUCCUGACAGGAGGCAUGCGCAAUGCAUCUGUUGUAUGCGAAACUGCAGUACAGGUAUACUACAUAUCAGCAGACAAAAUGUACCAGGCAUUGAAAAGGUUUCCUGGCUUAGAAGACAGCUUGUGGCGUGUUUGUGGCAUUCGGAUAGCCCUUCCAAUUCUCAUGGAUCAAGCAGCUUAUAAGAGCCUUAGAAAAGACCACAUUCGAAUGCUGUGCGAGAGUAGCACGAUUGCUGAGCUUGCACGUGUAAAAGACGAAACAAACUUUGAGAUAACAGACCUCAUGUUAGAAGCCAUCUUGGUACACGGAGAGGUCGUCUGCGCGAGUACAAAGGAAACGUUUUCUGCCCCAUGCCUUUUGCCGAAUAAAAGGAAACACUACAAAUACUCCACGAUGUUGAUGCCAAAAAUCCUAACAAUUUGGAAAAUGUCUCAGAUGCGGCGGCGAAAGACGAUUUCAAAGGCUGGAAAGGGCAAGGAAAACGACCAAUUUGAUGGAUCGAGACCCUCAACGGACAUUCGGUCAAUAGGAUCUAUAGGAUCAAUAGGUGUCUCUCUUGAUGGCAAAAAACACUCCGAAGAUUACGGUCGAGCUGAUAAUAUUUCCAGCAUUGCUGAGGAAGAUGAAACAAAGUUCUCAACAGCAUCAUCAAAAGGACUAGGAUCGCACUUAGAGUGUUAAAAAAGCCAACGCAAGCAACUUCUGAACGUUGAUGUGUAAUAAAUUUACAAAUUAGUAAAAUGUUUUAACUUUUCAUGAAUUUUCAAAUUUUUCUAUAAUGAUGGUAAAAUGGCUUUUUUAUUUCUUUGAAAGCUUUUGAUAUUAGUACUUCGCGAUCAGAGUAAAAUGUUAGUACAAACGUAUUCCCAUAAUAAACUCAAAGAGAAAUUCAUAUAACCAAAGAACCCUAAUUAAUCUUUGCAUAUAACUCAAGACAAGAACAAUUCAACUCAUAAAUAAAAAUUAUUCAACUCAUCAAAAUUAUUUGCACAGAAAAGUACUGAAAGUAUUUCCCUGUAUCUG